GGCUCCAGGCGGCGCGGCCGGAGCCUGUCCUGCUGUCGCUCGCAGCUCGCUGCGGCAGGCGCGGCCCGGCGGGGCAUGGCGGGGGGCGGCAGGUGAUCGGCGCGGCCGAGCCGAGGGAGCCCUGCGCGGGGCCGGGCCCGGCCAUGGGGUUCCUGCACCAGCUGCACCUCCUGCUCUGGAAGAACGUGACGCUGAAGCGGCGCAGCCCGUGGGUGCUGGCCUUUGAGAUCUUCAUCCCCCUGGUGCUCUUCUUCAUCCUGCUGGGGCUGCGGCAGAAGAAGCCAACGAUCCCUGUGAAGGAAGUCUGUAAGUUGAUGGGGUGGGUGGGUGCCUCCCCCCCUGCUCCUGCCUGUGCCAGCUGCAGAUCUGGGGGAGAAAGAGCCUGGUUUGGAUCAAUUCACUCUGGCCUAAUCCACACCUCUGUAACCCUGCUGCUUUCCUCCAGAGCUGGUGAAGAUGAGCUUGGGCAGAACUAGGUGGCCCCUGCCUGCUCCUCCUGGGGACUGCCCAGCUGGUGUCCCCACUGAGUUGUCAGUGAUAUGUUCCCCAUGUCUUGGGGAUGCUGGCAGUGAUGUCCUGGCUCCCUGGGCUGCAGAGGGCUUUCCAGCCCAGGUGGAAGCUUCUUCUGUUCCAUCUUCUCCUGGGGCAGACCCUGCUGGGUGCUGGCAUCCAUAUGCUGGCCUGUGGUCCCUUAUCUUGCCUGUACCCCACCCAGGACUAGUCUCCAAGGGGCUGGAGAUGGUUGCCACCCCUGCACCUUUACCAGGUCCCUGUCACGGCACUAAGAGACUGAAGGCCUGCAAGUUGCCACUGGCUUUGUC